GCCCGGGUGAGUCCGUGUUUGCAGCUGAAAGCUGCUGCCUCCCUGCUGUUUGUCUGGGUGUAAUCUACCGUUAUCCUGCCGUGGAGGUCGGUCAGGUCGUGGUGAGCGACAGAGACAGUCUCUCCUAGGAAUUUAAAGUGAAACCCACAUGCCGUUUGCUUGGCAUGGCACAACUGACAAUCAAAGACGCGGAAUGCUAUAAAGAGCAGCUCCAGAGUGACGCUCAGUUUCUGUGCUCUAACCAGAGGAUGGACACUGAACUGGUUGACAGUCUGGUGCUGCAACUCAACAGGAUCUACCCCCAGAUACUCAGUGACAAGGAAGCCUGCAAGUUCAGAAGCCUGAGAGUCCCCACUACAGAGCGGCUAUGUGAACUGCUGCAGUACCUGCAUGAGAAAGGAGACGAUGCAUGCUAUGAGUUCUACAGAGCCCUUCACAUCCAAGCGGAGGACGUUUACUUCAGUCUGCCCACUAGAAUUAGACAAAGAGAGAUGACCGACUCAAUCAAUGUGGCUGACAUCCCAGAGCGACAUGUGCUUAACGACAGAGGACCAAUUUUCUUUCUGAGUUGUUUCAGCGUUGCAGUUGCCAUUGCAUUUCUCUAUUAUUACGGAGAGGGUCAGAGACUCAGAUGCACGGAAGCAUUCCUUCACUGCUCUGCGGUGAGACUUGGUAAAGACGCCAAGGACGUGUUCGUUUCCUAUGUGGAGGUCGGGAAGCAGAAAUAACAGGACUGAAAUAUUUCAAAAGAACAAGCUGUGCUACUUUACUCUACUGUGCCAAAUCAGUUUCACAUCUCCCUCCAUAGAGAACUUUUGCGUCGUUUCUGCAUGUAGUCAUAUUUUAAAAAAGAGGCACUGAAUUUCCUCCAAAAGCCCAGCUGUCACCAAAAUAGAUGUUACAUUCAUUUGUGAGGUGGCUGUGCACUUCUUGAUAUUGACAGCACAUUGAUUGACACUGAUAAUAUUGACUCUAGCUGAUAUAUGGCUGCUGUUUUCUGAAAUGCAUUGCUUUGGUUUUUAACAGAAAACAAAAGGUCAACCUUUGAUCAAUGGAUGUUUUUUUUUCUAUUUCUGCUUAACUCUUGGUCUUAUCAUAUGCAUCUUUGUUCUGCUCAUUGCCUAUGUCCAAUGUUAUGGUGCUGCUCUUGUCUCAGUAUAGAAAACUGCUUCAGAAGCUUGGUAAUUUACUUGAGAAGCAACAAUAAGCCAAUAUUACCUUUGACUUGAUCAGAGAUCAGCGGGUUAAGUACCUGAGAAAAAAAAAGCAUUCUCAUUAAAAUAAUCAAAUCUAAGAACUUUCAUAAUUUUCUGGAUCGCAUCAACCAACAGCAUGUCCCUUGAUAAUUUUUUAAACAUUUUAAACAUUUUAAUAAAAAUCAGAGGUUGUGAACAUGUCAUUCAAAACUACUACUAGCUUGCAGCACCUCUGUAGUUUUUUUGUUCAGCACAUCAGAGGUCACAGAAAAUCAGAAAAAUAAUGGAUAGGAAAUGAACGAUCACUGCAUCUCUAGGUCUUUCAAAAGACUUUUAGAUUUCUUAUUUGUGCACAACUAUUAAAUGCCAUUUUUAGUUUAAACAUAGCAUAACUAUAUCAACAUGCAGCUGCACAUCUUCAGAACUGUUUUUAGUUCUUCUCAUUCAACAGUGCCAAACUCCAGUGCUCCUGAAGGGCUCUGCAUCUUCAAGAGCUUUCCUUUCAGAUGUUAAUUUCCAAUCUUAAAAGUUGAAGACACCCAUCAACCUCAUUGGGCAGGAGUUUGACAUCCAUGCUGAAUUUAUUUCAUUUAGACUCAUACUACCAGAUUGUUUGGUUGUUUGUCAGUGUGAACAUGCUUUGCUUGAGUUGCACUAGUUUUUAUAGCACAUUUCUGUUAACAUUUUCUACAACACGUUUCCUAAUGCAGGAUUCGGGUUAGUUAAAACAACACGUUUUCUUGAAUACACAAUAUCUUGCCUGUUAAUAGUAGUGCCUUCUAAUGAUGUUGGAACAUAGCAUAAUUUAUUUCCUAAUUAAAAUUAGGAAAUAAAGUAAAAAGAAAUAACACCGUUGAUUCUUUUUAUGUAUAUAUUUAUUUAUUAGCAAUUACAUAACUCUCUGUACAAAGCCUAAUACCAGUGUGACACUUCAGGAGGCUACGGUUACGCAUAUUUCCACUAGAGGGCGCUCCUUUUUCAUUCAUAAUCUUGUGAGACAAUGUUCUUGUCUUCCAUAUUGAUGACAAUAAAAAGCAGCAAACAGCGCUCAUAAAUUAAUAAUGACAAAGUGGAGGAGUAAAGUUGAGUUAAUGUAAGGUAGCAUUAAAUACAUUCCCUUGCACACACAGAGAGUUUUGUGUGCAUGACACAAGCACGUAAAGCUGGAUUUAAACAUUUGCAAAUACAUUUUGCAGAAAUAUUGCUACUCCAGGGGAGUGGAAGGACCCACACACCUAUAAUCUUAAAAUAUUUGUUCUCUCUUUUCUGCAAAGGGAGACAGAAACGUAAACAUAGCAGGAAAUUGUAUUAAAUUAUUAGGAACUGUUGAGUAUAUUCAUUUCAAAGAGUGACGUUGGUUUUUCUGGUUCACAAAAGUUAAAACUUUUCACCAUUUAACAUCAUCCUGACUGUUAAUCUAUUAAACUUAUUGUUUAACGGUGGUGGCAGAAACAUCAUGGAAGUCUAUUUCUCUACAAGCAGUGUUGAUGUGUUGCUUAAAAUGAAUUGUAGUUAAUUCAGUUCAGUUCCUUUAUUGUCCACAGAGGGGGAAAUUUGGUCUGUAGCCAGGAACUUCAAACAUAGAAACAAGCUUCUAUGCACCACAAAUCUGGAACAAACUUCCAUAAAACUGCAAAACAGCUGAAAUGCGGAGUUCCUUUAGAUCUAGCUCUAAAAACCCACCUGUUUAGAGCCGCUUUUGAAACCUAAUCCUGAAACAUUAAUCAAUAAUCUCCUGUGCAAAAUGUAAUGCUAUUGACUGUGUGUUCUAUGAAUUUGUAUUUGUGGUUUUAUGAUGUAAAGCCCUUUGAAAUGCCUUGUUGCUGGAAGGUGCUAUACAAAUAAAA